CCACCCCUGCUGGCCCCGCCCCUCCAGCAGCUCCUUCCGGCUCCGGGGUUCUUGUCGCUCUCAGAGGAGGGAAGAUGGCGGCGGCCCAGACCGACAGAGACUCAACGUCCGCUUUCAGCUCUGAGUUCCUGACGUUCUCCGCCAAAGGCACGGCGUCGAGGUGGCUGGCAGCGGCAGACCUGCAGCAGGAAGUGUACCGUCACCUGGCCGCCUAUGUACCCAGAAUCCUUUGCUUGGGGCCGAGCAGCAGCAGCAGCAGGGAGGAGCAGAGGGAGGAGCAGAGGGAGGAGCUGGCCCUUCAGCUGCUCCUAUUGGCUCCUCUGGAGUGGCUCCUGCUGGGGGAGGAGCCUGCUGCCGGCCUGGCCCUGCUGCAGGAGAACAACCAGCCGUCACCACUGUGUGGACAUGUCUUCAAGGUGGGAGAACCCACCUACUCCUGCAGGGAGUGUGCGGCCGACCCCACCUGUGUCCUGUGUAUGCAGUGUUUCCUGGGCAGCGUCCACAAAGAGCACCGAUACAGGAUGACCACGUCUGGAGGAGGAGGGUUCUGUGACUGUGGAGAUGCUGAGGCCUGGAAGAAUGGACCGUACUGCCAGAAACACACCGCAGACGGAACCAGGGACACCGAGGAGGACCCUGUCUCUCUGCUGCCUCCUGACCUGGUUGCCCGUGGUUACAGCAUCUUCUCCAUCAUCCUGAAAUACGCUGUGGACCUGCUGACCUGGGAGCAGGAAGAUCUGCUGCCUAUAGGGCUGGAGCCUCCGGAGAGAGGAGACACCUACUACUGCAUGCUGUUCAAUGAUGAAGUCCACACGUAUGAACAGGUGAUCUACACGCUACAGAAAGCUGUCAACUGCAGCCAGAAGGAGGCGGUCAGCUUUGCCACCACUGUGGACCGAGAUGGCAGGAAGUCAGUUCGAUAUGGAGACCUUCAAUUCUGUGAACAGGCCAAAUCAGUGAUCGUGAGGAACACCAGCCGCCAGUCGAAGCCUCUCCGGGUUCAGGUGAUGCAUUCGUCUGUCGUGGCUCAUCAGUGUUUUGCUCUGAAGGCUCUGAGCUGGUUGGGUCAGAUCAUUCAGUACUCAGACGGUCUGAGGAGGAUCCUGUGUCAGGUCGGCCUACAGAAAGGUCCAGAAGGAGAGAACUCUUCUCUGGUUGACCGACUGAUGCUCAAUGACUCCAAGAUGUGGAAAGGAGCUCGGAACAUCUACCACCAGCUGCUCAUGAACAGCCUCCUCAUGGAUCUCAAGUACAAGAAGAUCUUUGCCAUCCAGUUUGCCAAGAACUACAGACGCCUCCAGACAGAUUUUAUGGAGGACGACCACGAGCGAGUGGUGUCAGUGACCUCCCUGUCUGUGCAGCUCUUCACCGUCCCGACCAUGAGUGACUACGUGAAAGACGACCACGAUCGCGAGUUCUCCAUCACUGACCUGUCAGUGCAAAUGUUCACCGUCCCGUCUCUGGCCCGCAUGCUGAUGGUGGAGGAGAACCUGAUGACCACCAUCAUCAGAACCUUUGUGGAUCACCUGCGUCACCGAGACCUGCAGGGACGCUUCCAGUUCGACCGCUACACCGCCCAGCAGGCAUUCAAGUUUGGACGGGUCCAGAGCCUCAUCGGAGACCUCAAGUAUGUCCUCAUCAGUCCUCCGUCUGAUUGGACCGAUCAGCUCAGACUGAAGUUCCUGGAAGGUCUGGACGCUUUUCUGGAGCUGCUCAAGUGUAUGCAGGGGAUGGACCCGGUGGUGAGACAGGUGGGGCAGCACAUAGAGAUGGAGCCAGAGUGGGAGGCAGCGUUCACUCUGCAGAUGAAACUAACUCACAUCAUCUCCAUGAUCCAGGAGUGGAGCUCCACUGAUGAGCGUGUGCUGAUCGAGGCCUACAGGAAGUGUCUGAGCGCGCUCAGUCACUGUCACAGUGGCCUUCCAGACGGUGAGCAGCCAAUCAACUUGAGUCUGGCAGGUCACUGUGUGGAGACGUUCAGGUACCAGGUGUCUCAGGACAAGGUGUCCAUACACCUGCCGGUCUGCAGGCUGCUGGCAGGGCUCCAUGUCCUCCUCAGCCGGACCGAGGUGGCGUCUCGUUUCCCUGAGCAGCUCCCACUGGGUGAACUCAGCCCCCCCCUACUGAUCGAACUCCCCCUCCGCUGCCUGGUGCUCUGUGCCCAGGUGCAUGCUGGGAUGUGGAGGAGGAAUGGCUUCUCACUGAUCAACCAAAUCUAUUAUUACCACAAUGUCAAGUGCAGAGUAGAGAUGUUUGACAAAGACAUCAUCAUGCUGCAGGCGGGGGCAUCCAUGAUGGAUCCAAAUCACUUCUUGAUGAUUGUUCUGAGUCGCUUCGAACUUUUUCACAUUUUCAGCUCUGCAGACGUCAGGAAGCGAUACAGAGAGGCCAACAAGGACCUGGUCCAGCAGAACACUCUGAUUGAGGAGAUGCUUCACCUGAUCAUCAUGGUUGUUGGUGAGCGGUAUGUGGCGGGGGUUGGCCAGAUGGAAGCUUUCGAUGAGGUCAGAAGAGAAAUCAUCCAUCAGCUGUCAAUCAGACCGAUGGCUCACAGCGAGCUGAUCAAGGCUCUCCCUGAAAACGGGAAUAAGGAGACGGGUCUGGAGAGAGUCAUCGACAGCGUGGCUUCAUUCAAGAAACCAGGUGUGACAGGUCGAGGUCUGUAUGAACUGCGUCCUGAGUGGAACAAACACUUCAACCUGUACUUCCAUCACUACAGCAGAGCCGACCAGUCUAAGGCUGAGGAGGCUCAGAGGAAGCUGAGGAGACAGAACGGGGAGGACACAGCCCUGCCCCCUCCCCUCCCGCCCCCCCUCUGUCCUCUGUUCGGCAGCUUGGUGAACCUGCUGCAGUGCGACGUGCUGCUGGCUGUAGAGGGCGCUGUGCUGCAGUGGGCCGUGGAGCCCAGCGGGGGAGGCUGGACUGAGUCCAUGCUGCAGAGGGUACUCCACCUAGUGGGCAUGGCUUUACUGGAAGAGCAGCAGCAGCUGGAGAACAGCAGCACAGAUGAUGACAUCACCUUCAACUACACCUGCAAGAUCACACGUCCAGGUGAAGCUCCCAGUCCUUCAGGAAGUGUCCUGGCUCUGUUGGAGAGUCUACAGAAUGCUCCUCACCUGGAGGUCCACAAAGACAUGAUCACCUGGAUCCUCAAGAUGGUGGCCAACAUAAAAACCAUGAGAGAACGAACGACGGCCUCCUCAACCGUCAUCGUGAACCACAACCGAGGGCUGGAAGAGACGGUCAGGGACAAAGACAAGGCGGAGAGGAAGAGGAAGGCAGAGAUGGCUCGGCUGCGCAGAGAGAAAAUCAUGGCUCAGAUGUCUGAGAUGCAGAAACAUUUUAUUAAUGAGAACAAAGAACUGUUUCAGCAAAGUCUGGAGGAGCUGGAGGCCUCAACGUCUUCUGCUGCCGAGCACAGUCCUCCCAGUUUGGAGCUCACCUGUGUGUCUCAGGUGUGUGUUGGUCCCAGAAGAGUGGGUGGAGCUGAGCGCCGUCAGCUGGUCACCUGUAUUCUGUGUCAGGAAGAGCAGGAGGUCAAAGGUCAUGGCAGAGCCAUGGUGCUAGCAGCCUUCGUCCAGAGAUCCACUGUUUUGUCCAAAAACCGCCACCGCAACCUGCCUGAUCCAGAACGCUACGACCCUCUGUUCAUGCACCCUGACCUGUCUCUGGGGAUUCACACUGCCAGCUGUGGACACAUCAUGCACGCCACCUGCUGGCAGAGGUACUUUGAGGCGGUGCAGCUAAAGGAGCAGAGACGCCAACAACGUCUGAGAGGACACACCAGCUACGACGUGGAGAACGGAGAGUUCCUGUGUCCUCUGUGCGAGUGUCUGAGUAACACUGUGAUCCCUCUGCUGCCGCACACACACUCACCUGACCACAGUGUCAACCAUCCCAGUCUGGAGGCGUGGCUUAACUUGACCAAUCAGCAGACAGUAGCACUACACUCCGCCCACAGGAAGCAGGCUGAUGGUGCAGCAGAGGGCGCGGAGCCUGCUGUUCCUGAAGGAUUCAGAGUGGACUUCACUCCACAGAACCCGUUCUCCAGCAGCAUCAGUGAGAUGAUCACCACCUUCAGCAUGUCCACCUACAAGGUCGGCCUGAAGGUAAACCCCAACGAGCAGGACCCCCGAGUCCUGGUGCUGAGCUGGUCUACCUGCGCCUACACCAUCCAGAGCAUAGAGCGCCUACUGAUGGACGAAGAGAAGCCAUUGUUUGGAAGCUUACCUUGCCGACAGGACGACUGUCUGAGCUCUCUGACCAGGUUCAGUUCUGCCUGUUGGACGGCAGCUCCACUCCCCACUGUUCACACUCACUUCAUCAGACUGCUUGCAGCUCUGGUUCAGGACUCUCGGGUAGAAAACACACCUUGUAUCCUCAACAUGGACAUGUUUCACCUGCUGGUCUACAUGGUUUUGUCCUACAGCUCUGUUCACCGUCUGGACCAAUCAGAACGCAGCGUGGUGGACUCAGGUCACCUCCACCUCCUUCACCUGGUCACUGUCGCUCACCUGGUUCAGGUCCUGCUCACCUCCACCACAGAGGAGGUGUGUAUGGACCAGGACAAUGGAGGAUCAGAGGAGGAGGAGCUCACCUGUCAGCUCUACAGCACACUGAGAAAACACCUGGGCAGUGUGUUACCUGAAGUGUCCUCUGGGUGGCAGCUGUAUCGUUGUGUUAAAUCCGGCCUCCUUCCGUUCCUGAGAGCUGCUGCUCUUUUCUUCCACUACCUGAACUCUGCAGCGCCCCCUGCUGACCUGCUGGGUACAGGUCCUGGUCAGUGGGAGGCGCUGUGCAACUACCUCAGUCUGCCCUCCAGCCUGCUGCUGCUGUACCACAACAACCACACACUGCUGGAUCCGCUCAUACACAGGUGGUGUUGUCAUCCAGGUGUUAGACAAAUGCUGCAGGGAGGCGGAGUCAUCGUCACGUUCCCCAGAGAGUCGAACCGUCUGAUCGACCUGCCGGAAGAUUACAGCGUCCUGAUAAACCAGGCUUCCAGCUUCACGUGUCCUCGGUCAGGUGGAGAUAAGUCCAGAGCUCCUACGCUGUGCCUGGUGUGCGGCUCGAUGCUCUGCUCUCAGAGUUACUGCUGUCAGACGGAGGUGGACGGAGAGGAUGUCGGCGCCUGCACUGCCCACACCUUCACCUGUGGAGCUGGCCUCGGCCUCUUCCUCAGGGUCAGAGAGAGUCAGGUGUUGUUUGUAGCAGGUAAAACAAAGGGCUGUUUCUAUCCUCCACCGUACCUGGACGACUACGGAGAGACUGACCAGGGCCUCAAGCGGGGGAACCCCCUCCACCUGUGUUCGGAGCGCUACAGGAAGAUCGAGCGUCUGUGGCGGCAGCACGGCGUCGCUGAGGUCAUCGGCCACGCCCAGGAGGCCAAUCAGACGCUGGUCGCCAUCGACUGGCAGCAUCUGUGAGGGUUGACCUGGCUCCGCCCCCUCACUGAGAGAGACGGUCGCUGAUUGCCUCUCAGCUGUCUCCCCGCCCCUUUUUUAAUGAUCCUCCCUUAAUAAACGAAUCAGCUUCCUGCAGGGCUCCAGUCACCUUUCAGGGAUUUUUCAGGUGUCUCAGUCCACCAAUCAGAGAGAAGCGGUCUCGCUGACAUCAUCCUGCUCAAACAGAACCAGGAAGUCAUUCUGCAAACUGAAGCCCCGCCCACCGGGAGCUGUCACUCAAGUGGAAUAACAGGUCGUACGCCACCAUCCAGGUUUAUGAUUGGCUGGCUGUGAUGAUGCAUUUUACUUAUGGCCAAUCACAGAAUGUCGCUUCACCUGUCUCCAUGGCAACAGCCGUGUGGGGCAGUAGCAACCAGUUCUAAUGUUAAUCCAUCCAUUCAACACCUAAACACCUGUCAGCCAAUCAGAACGCUGCCUGGACACCAGUCAGCCAAUCAGAAGACUUUCCUCGAUCUCUGGAUCAGUUAUUGAUGAAUCAUCUGUCAGCAGAUCACAUGACCUCAUCAGCCCUCUGACUGAUUGAUUAUUAGUUAUUGAUCUGUUUGGAGAACAGUCGCUUCAUUUUGUCACUGGGAGAAACUCAGUCAACAAACUGGUUGAUUGAUUAACUGAUUGGUGAUUCAUCAAUUGAUCGAUUGAUUGAUCAAUUUUUUGAUCGAUUGAUUGAUUGAUCGAUCGAUUGAUGGUUGCAUGUGGAGUUUGAUGAGUUUUCUGUUUGUAGUUUUUUAUGGAGGUCAGCUGAUCGACAGGAAGUCAUUGAUCACAAUAUGUGAAUUCUGUAUAAACGACUACAUGUAUGAUAAUAUUGUAUAAGAAGCAGAAAACCAAUAAAAGACUUUAAAACCUCA